GGCGGCCGGCUGACUCUGGGCUCGUGUCCGACUCGCGCUCACAGUCACAGCCGAAGCCGAGCUGCCGUUCGGCGGACACGAGGCGCGGAUGCCUCGCGUGAACCGGACGGCGCUGCUGGCGCUGCUGGUGGCGAGCAGCUGCGUCUUCCUGCUCUUUCAGCUCCGUUACUACCGGAAGUACGUCACCAAGGCUGGCCCGCGCACGCCGGGUCACGUGACCGCCAGCCACCUCCAAUGGCAAAGCGUGAAGACGUUCCUGCGCCUGUCGCGGCGUUUCCGCCUGCCGCUGUUCCUGGCCGACCCCGCCGUUCUCGGGCCGCUGGAGCGCGAGCGGCCGCCGACGGGGGCUCGCUGCGGCUUCCUGUGCGGCGGGCGAGCCGUCACGUCCUUCGGGCUGCUGGCCGGCGCGCGGACGUACGACGUGAGUACGGCGGUCGCGGCGGCCGCUCGUCCGCUCCGUUUGCCACAGUCGCUUUCUCGGCAGGCCGCCUUCCGAUUGGCCGCUGAGGAGAAAGGUUUCGAGGUGCUGGAGGUGCGAGGAGAAGACCCCAGAUUGGCCAGCUUAGACCUCCUGUCCGGGGAGGACAUCCCCCUGCAUCUUGUGCUCCGCCUACAUGGUUACUUCAUCCAGCUGGUGAUCCUGUACGAGCGUAGCGGCGACUACUUGUGGCACGGCCCGCUGCGCCUCAAAGCCGACGCCGACCGCGGCUUCGCGCCCUUCGCGCUGAUGGAGUUCGGGCGCCACGCCGGCGCCUACGACAGGCCGCGGCUGGUACUGACGGCGGUGGACGGCCUGGACGUCGCCGUCCCUCGGAACAUCUCCGACUUCCUGGCUCAGCAUCGGCGCGCUCGCUUCCUGGAGUGCCGCUACCGGGACGCGCGGCGCUUCCUGCAGCUCUACCCUGACGACUCGUCUCCCGAGGCGCUGGACUUUCGUAACAAAGCCAAGUCUUUGCUUCGGUUGGCCGCCAAAACGCUCGCACGUCUGCACGUCCCCUUCUGGAUCAGCAGCGGAACCUGCCUGGGCUGGUUCCGGCAAUGCGGCUUCAUCUCGUACAGCCGCGACGUGGACAUCGGGAUCUUCAUCGGCGACUUCCGCCCCGACGUCAUCACGGCCUUCCGGGACGUUGGCCUGUCACUCAAACACAAGUUCGGCAAGGCGGAGGACAGUCUGGAGUUGUCCUUCGUGAGGGACGGCGUCAAGCUAGACGUCUUCUUCUUCUAUCGGGACGGCCACCUGAGCUGGAACGGCGGCACGCAGGCCAAGAGCGGCAGAAAGUUCAAGUACGCGUUCCCGCACUUCUCGCUGUGCUGGGCCGAGCUGGCCGAGGUCCGAGUGGGAGUCCCGUGCGAGACGCUGGACUACGUGACGGCCAAUUACGGCGCCGCCGCCUGGCGCGUCCCGCAGAGGGCGUGGGACUGGAAGUCGUCGCCCAGCAACGUCCAAGAAAACGGGGUGUGGCCGCUCGAGCGCUGGGACGAACUUAUUCAAGUGUAUUGAACGCAAAUGGAAAAAAAGACAUGCUCCUGUUUUUCAAGUAAUAGGGAGAUGAAUUCACCAUUGGGCCAAUAUUCGGCUCUAGAAAAAAACUGAGACCAAAUAGAUUGUAAAGGAUCGUUUGUUGGUAUUUUGAUCAUUUUUUGCAAAUACAGUAAACGCUCUAAACCAGGGGGGGUCAAAGUGUUUUAUCUGGGCGCCCUCUAGUGGUAUGAUAAAGAAUAUUGAAUUAAAUGACGUUUUUAAAAAAUAUAUAUAUAUUUUCCUGCCAUGGACAAAUUCGUCAAUGACAAAAACCCGUCAACUGCGUUUUGUUUUU